CGCGUUCGCUGCGAAUCCGCUUGGUGUGUGAUUGAACUGCUCUUCUCCAUCGACUCGUUGGUGUAUUUCGCUGGCAAAGUGAAAUCAUAGCAGGCCUUCGCGGGAAGAAGGAUCAAAAGUGCUUGUGACCACCACCACGGGUUGAAUUGUGCGUUCUUUGGCUGCGAAAAAGUGAGGACGAACCAGCAACAUCACCACCACUCGUACCGCCGUUUCGUGUGCGCUUUAAUUAAGGGAAGUGCGUGGGGUCGUGUUUGUCCUGCUCCGUAAAAGCAAGAAAAAAAGCUACAAUGAAAGCCAUCACGGCCGUCUGUGCUACGGGGGCCUCGGUUCCGGCCAUUGCGUCCGGGCGCGUCCGGCACCGCCACCGGGAGGUAGAGAACGGACCGGAAAUCCAAAUGUACCUGUCGAAGCUAAAGGACCUGGUCCCGUUCAUGGCGAAGGACCGCAAAAUGUCCAAGCUGGAGGUGAUACAAAACGUUAUCGACUACAUCUGUGAGCUGCAGAACACUCUGGCGCACGCCGAUGCUUCGGUGGACGCAUCUGCGCCGGUCGAACCGAGGCAGCCCUUGGGGGUUCGCCCCUCCGCGCCCAACACCAUCCUGACAAGCAGCGGCAUCACCACCACCACCACCACCACCACCACCAAUGGCAGCAACGUGGCCAGCGGUCUCAUGUCCACCUCCACGACAAAUUCCAGCUCUUCUGCCGCCAGCGAAACGACGCAAGCAGCGCCAUCAUCAGCGGUGAUGAACGACCAGAAAGAGAUGCCCUCGUGCUAGGACGGAGCCGUGGCACGGAACCGUCUGUAAAAGGUGAACCGCGUCGCGUUUCGUCAUGCUAUGGCGGGGUCACUCCGCGUCUCCCGAUUGUAGCGGUGUGCAAUAAAGCCCCCUUCCGAUCGCCCCGUCCGGUGUUGAGAAGAACCUCAGCGAAGAUGAAGCAAAGGAGAGUAGAAGGUACGGGUCGUGGUCCACUUCCUCCCCGGGGGGGCCUCUCUCGGAUUGGGGCCUCGGUGGGAGCGAACGAACGGGAGCGACUGGGCUUCGAAGGGGUUCCACAAGCAGGGGGACGGAAGCUGGCAGCUUUUGUGUGUGAUGGACGGACCCCCCCCGGACACCCCCUCUGGGAUCGUAGAAUGUAGAGCGAAAAAGGCCAGACAGAAGUAACAGAGGCGCGCGCGCACUAUAAUGAUGCAAAAGGUAACUUUUAAUUUUAAUUCCAUUUAAUGUUCUGUGAUCAGUAGGAAUAUGUGUGUGUUUGUGUGUGUGUGUGGUUUGAUGAUAACGCACAAUGCAAACGAUUAUGAAGCGAGUAAAAGAUACACUCAAAAGAGAGCGAGGACGAGGCAAGGAGCUUAGGGUCACGCACGGACACGGACACGGAAAUGGCGCUGAAUCUGUGUAGGGUUUUCUUUUACGUUUUGCUUACUACUCACUGACCGCGCGCGUGCAACUCAUGUGUAUAGGAAAUAAGAGACUUUCAGAGAGACAGACAGACCGAGACAGACAGAGACAGAGAGAGGGAAAGGUUGAAGAUGUAAUAGGCCGGGGCCAUUAAUGGCAUCAUUUCUCGACGCAGCGCACCUCCCCUUGCUUAAGUUGCGUACUGACACCGUUGAACUUCGCAUUAAGUAAUCCUUCCGUAUCGCGUCUCGGGUCCCGCGCCACGCCCGCGGGCAGAAAGAAGUAAAUUAUUAUGAAUAUAUAAAUUGUUUGUAGUACAAGAAAUGUCGAUGGUAAAUAUAAGAACUC